AACCCUCCUACCUGUAUGGCCAUUAGUAACCACUCGCAGGUGACAGAGUUCAUCCUCCAGGGCUUCUCUGAACACCCCAACCUCCGGAUUCCAUUAUUCAUCUGUUUCUUCUCCUUGUAUAUGGUGGCCCUUAUAGGCAAUGUCCUGAUUAUCAUAGUCAUCACACUCAACUCAAGCCUCCACAGCCCCAUGUACUUCUUUUUGUUCAACUUGGCUACAAUGGAUGUUGUCCUCACCUCCUCUGUUUUGCCCAAAGUGCUGGAGGGCCUGCUCUCAGAGGAGAACAUCAUCUCCUAUGAGGGCUGCAUGACCCAGGUCUACUUCAUCAUUUGGGCUGGAUCAUCAGAACUGCUUCUUUUCUCAGUCAUGGCUUAUGAUCGCUAUGUGGCCAUCUGCCACCCCCUGCAUUACAAUACCAUGAUGAGCAAGACUCUCUGCAAUGUGUUGGUAGCUGGUGUGUGGCUCAUCUGUGCCUUCAAUUCCUCCAUACAUACUGGUUUGACGACACGACUGUCCUUCUGUGGACCCAAUGUAAUUACCCAUUUCUCCUGUGAGGUUCCUCCUCUAUUGUUGCUCUCCUGUACUUCUACCUAUAUUAACAAUGUCAUGACUGUCUUAGCAGAUGCCUUCUAUGGUCUUUUAAAUUUUCUCCUGAUCUUGGGGUCCUAUGGGUUCAUUAUCUCCAGCAUCCUGAAAAUCCAGACAGCAGAGGGAAAGAAGAGAGCAUUCUCUACCUGUUCCUCCCAUCUCAUUGUGGUGUCUAUGUAUUAUAUUUCUGUUUUCUAUGCCUACAUAAGUCCUGUUUGUAGCUAUAAUCCAGAAAGUACUAAACUGGCUGGUGUCCUGUAUAGCCUGGUGAGCCCAACUUUGAAUCCUUUGAUCUAUACCCUUAGGAACAAAGAGGUCAAAACAGCCCUUAGGAAGCUCUUCCCAACCUUGAGAACUUAA